AUGGCGCAUCGCCUAAGUGACAUUUGUCCGAGCCUUACUGCGCGGAUGCGUCGCUGUCUAAUCUUAGUCGGGAAGCUGCGCAGGAACACGGCUGCUAGUGUGCAGAUGAUAGCUCGGCCCGCGAGUCAGCGGAGUAUGCUCGCUUCGGUUGGGUUGGGCCGACUGCCCACUGCUGAGCGAUGGAAUCGGGUGCACUCGAUCUAG